AUGGCUUCCAUUCCGGAAGCCAAAGAGGAGUACCUUGGUUCGUCGGUUAUUGAGCGAACGGGCCGUUUGCAUUCGUUUGUAGAUUUAGGUCCAGCCGACUUGUGUAACAUUUACAAACAUCUGGUCACUUCGAAGAAGGGACUGGAGAUCGGGACAUUUCUCUACUUCACCGGAAUCGACACUUCCAAUUCGGCGUCCAUAGCCGCGCAAUUGCAGGGGUUGGCUACGUUAAUGUCGUCGAAGUCUCACUAUUGGUUCGGUGAGAAGAAGCACUGGAAAGUUCCCCAGAUGACGUAUUGCACUUACAAUGCCUUUUCUAAACUUGAUAUGCGUGUUACCGUACACAUGCCAGGUAAGUUUGAGUCUUCGGUAGUGAAUAACGACGGCAAGUUGAUCCAUGACAAGAUCCUGAACGACGAGUUGGAUCGGUUGUGGCUAGAAACUUUCGUAAGUUCUAUAGUUAGAUCGUUGCUCGAUUCCGACGAUGAUGAAAACAACAAAGUUGGCGGCCUUGUAGAAAUUCGAAAGGUCAAUCCGUUCAACGACGGUAGCAAGCAAGUGUUGGCAACUUUUUUGGCUGGAUUUGAGAAGUUGUUCUACGAAGGCCCCAAGCUAGGCUGUGGCGUAGACAUUCCACUGCCGACCUUGAUCUCCAAUUACUUGGUAGACGGAUUCUUGAAAUGUGUACAGUUGACACAGUCGUAUGAUUCUGCUUUGGAGAUUCUCCAGAGACUCGAGCAGAAUGAACCCAGUGUGAUCUCGUUAAUUGCCCAAGUGUUAUUGCUCAAGGAUGAAGAAAUCCAGGCAGUCACGACUAUGAGCGAAGGUAUAGCCAGAGAUAGACGUGACGCAGACUUGUUGUUGUUGCAAGCUGAAUUCUGUAUGAACAAGAAGCGAAACGAUUUGGCUUUGGAUUUAGCUAAGCAGGCAGUGAAAUCAGCUCCUUCUGAUUUCAAGUCCUGGUCAAUGUUAGUAAAGGUGUAUACCAAGUUAGGCGAUUUUGAGAAUGCGUUGUUGACGUUGAACUCGUGUCCUAUGAACUCGCACAAGGAGAAGUACACCUUGAGAAGAGUAGUACCUUUAAGAGGUGGCAACGAAGACUUGCACUUGCCAUCUCCUGUGGAUGUAACAUUGGAAGACGUAUCGUAUUUGCUGAGCCAAGAUGUUGCCAAUGAGCAGAGAAACUUGGAUCCUCAGCUUGCGAACUUGCCUGCUGCUAACUUGAAGUCGACAUUUGCUAAAGCAUACGACUUGUUGACUGACAUCGUAGUGAAAACAGGCUGGCAGACGUUGUUGAAGUACCGUGCGAAGGUAUUUGUCAUGGAAGAAGAGUAUCGUAAAGAUAGAAACAACUCCAGCAAUGGCAACGUCAGAAAAAGCUCUACAGUGAAGAGAUUAUGUGAAAGAUGGUUGGACAACUUAUUCAUGUUGUUGUAUGAGGACUUACGUGCCUAUACAAUGUGGCAGGCAGAGUCACUUCACUUCCAGGCUCAGCAAAUGGAGUAUAAAAAGACUACCUUGGAAUGGGAGAUCUUGGGUUCAAUCGCAUACAGAUUAAAGCAUUUCAAAGAAGGAUCUGUAGCCUUUGCCAACGCCUUAAGUGGCCGAUUCUCAGCCAAAUCUCAAAGAGAAAUGUUGAAGUACUACCAGAUGGAAAGAUCGCGAAUCAUUACCAAUUCUGGUAAUUCCGAUCAAAACAACUCAUACCAGCCAAAUUACACGAAGAAGCUCAACCAGUUGAACGAAAGAAUAUUGGAAAGUACAAUUAAGUUGCUUGUCUGGAAUCACAGAUGGUACUCUGAUUUCUCGCCUAAGUUAAUAAAUUCUUUAGGAGACUUGAUAGCUAAAGAAGGAUUGAUCAAGAUUCAGUCUUUAGUCCAAGCGUUAUAUUCGACAAACGUAACUAGUAUA